AUGGCUACGUUUGAUUCGGACGGUUGGGACGACAUCAGGACUGCGACUAACAUCGAUGAUGUCACGAAUCAAAUGGACAGAGUAUCUAUUCAACUAGAUGACGCAGUCGGCCGACCGCAUACGAACUUUCGCGAUCAAUUUGGAGUCAUCGAACGGGAUGGCGGUUGUUUUGCUUCCAAACGACUUGUCGAGGAAUAUGUCGAGCGGUUCGCGGGUAAAAGCUUCGUGGUGGGAUGUGCCUACGACCUCUACAGCGAUAUGUUCCUUAUGGCCACAAGAAGCAAUAUUUCUUACAAAGACGGAAUCGAACGCCCAUUCCCCGCAACAAUACCUUUGUCGGAUAGAAGUAUCUAUGAAGCCGAUAAGGACGAUACAUUAAACGGCCCCACAGACGUCGCUAUUUUGGAAGCGGGCUCCGAAUACGCGGCCGUGUGCGGAAACAGGAUUAUCCGCUUGAUGUACUCAAACGAAGUCGGCAAGGAGGGGUUCCAAGCAACAGACAUUAUGAGUAGAGCCUGUGGUCGUUCACAAUUUCGAGGGAUCGCUGCUGAUUCAACGCAACGCCUCGUAUUUACUUAUUCGUUUGUCGAGCGACAAAUUCUUUGUGUCGAUGCUGAUGGUUUGGAUAAGGUGAUCUCGGCGAUAGGGUAUUUACCCGUACCAGAAACGUCCAUGCGGUUUGGAAGCGUGUGCUUUAUGGCCUACAACCCUACGAAACGAAUGCUAGUCACAUCGGAUCUCGGCUUCGGAAAGCGAGAAGGACGUGGAAACCUCAACCGUGCACUUAUCAGAACCUUUACGCUCUCCGAGAGCCGACAACUCGAAAAGAGUGGCGAGUACUUUGUCCCGGGAGUUCCCCCAAGGAAUGUGACGCCAGGCUUUAUUCAAUAUAGCUCGGGAAUCCUGGUUGACAAUGAGGGCUGGAUAGUAAUUGGAGACGCGGACCGAGGGACUCUUCAUUUGUUUGACGAACAGUUGCGGCCCAAAUGCGUCGUCACGUUGCCGAGCAGCAAGCAUGAACAUAGGAAGCCAUACAUUACGGGAAUCGCUCUAUCGGCUACCCACGCGGCCAUCGCCAGUUCCAGUACACGACAAGUGCAUUUUUACAGCUUUCAGCUAGUCACGGAUCUUAAUGUCCUGCCGCCACAUGGGUUCGCACUGCACCAUCCGCCUUUGCCUAUUUUUAUCUAC